UUCACUCACCACAAACACAAGCAUUUCUACUUCAUCACCGAACAUCAAACUGGUAAUAUAUAAUAUCAACUUUUUUAUAUAUGAACAUUAACUAGAUAUGAAAUGUACUAAUGUACGAAUAUAUUUUCUGUGCAAUAUAUGUACUUUUUUUGUCAACUCAUCUUCAUUUAAAUCUUUCAACCGUGUACUGGUGCUUUAAUUCAGCACAAGCGGUGCGGCAAAAAUAAAUAAAUAACAUUAGACUCGACGCCGAAACUCCUGCUUCACUGCUGCUCACUUCCAGUGUCAAAUUUGAGCAGUUUACAGAGAUUACAAACUGCAGGUUUGUCGUCAUUCUACACAAGAGACGACAUCUUUACACACAGCGCGAAAUCGAUGUGUUUUCCCGCCCUCUUUUGAUUGACAGGAUAUAAUCGGCCCUGAUCAUAGGAUGUUUUUAAACUAUCGGCCGAUGGCCUAUAGUGUGAAAAACAGCCUUUAUGAGCAGAUACAUCUGUAUAUCUCUAAUAUAGACACUUAGGUGUAUAGAUAUAUAACAAAAAGAUCAAAUCCUCGAAUUAUUCUUAUUUUCUGAGAAUGAAUUUUCCAUAAAACCUCUUUGCCUGUUGUCAGUAUUUAUCUUACUGGUAUGAGCUGAAGGAGAGGUUGUCUGUGAGGAAAGGCGUUGUAUUGAGCCAAAAAAAUAGCUGGUUGUUUAGUUUAGUUUUGUUCAGCAAUGCCGUGCUCUUCUAUGCUCUUCCAUGUGUUCAUAGCUGUCAUGUACGAUAAAGUUAUACGCACGCUAGGAACAAAAAAACAAAACAAAACAAUGAUUUGAAUCAGAAAACCAGUUGGACAGUCUACGAUAAAGGGCACGCGGGUUCGAAACGAAAACAAAAAUGGUUGAAAGCUAAUUGAUUGAUUUAUUGUCAUGAAGUUAAUAAAACCAAAAAUGCAGCUUGUCAAGUUUCCAUCCUGAAGACUCUCCCAUGGUGGAAAAUAUUUACCUCACACGUGUGUAUCGGUACUGAACCGAAACAAUCCGACAAGAAUGAUCUGAAGUGUGUCGAGUCAUUACUUAAUUAACUCUGUCGUUUUUUUUUGGUGUUGUUGUAUUUUAUUACUCUUAAUACUACGUAUUUUUAUUUAUACAUUUAUUUAACCAGGGAGAUCCCAUUGAGAUAUCACAAUCUCUUCUUCCAGGGAGACCUGGUCAAGACGGCAAACCGUACAGUUUCACACACUCAGUAUGUUUACAUGGACAACAAUAAUCCAGUAUUAACCCGAUUAAGACAAUACUCUUAUUAAUUAAGAAACUAGCAUGUAAACGGCAAUUUUGAUUACCUUAAGCCGUUUACGGUCAUACUCGAAGUAAACGCAAAUGGAAUUAAGACGUGUGGAGUAUUCCUGUUUUAGUCGCGUUAUCGACGUGUAUUACAGACAUGUACACACCUUAAUCACACUGUUAACGUCGCGGGGGAGCUUUCACCGCAUUUUGCGACGGGACACGUUCACAUACGGCUGUGCUCAACCGUUUGACGGCAAACAAGAGAGCACGGCUGCGUCCCAAACCGCGUACUUGUCUACUAUAUAGUAGGUGAUGUACAUGUUUCUGAGCUACAAUAUAGUAGGUAAAUACGCGGUUUAGGACGCAGCCCACGGCUUCAAGCAGUCGUCUAUUAACACGUAUAGCAUGACAAAUAAUUAACCGCACUUGAAGCUGACGUAAAAAUGAAAACACCCAAAACUGUAUACGGUACCAUAACGAAGACCAACUGUAUGUCGAUACGUGAAAUUCUGGCGGGAACGUCAGACGGCGUGGCGCGGUGACGUAAGGACGUGUGCUGUUAAUCGAUCUAUGUUCUAUAACAUGUAAAACAGGAACAUGAAAAGAGUAUCCUAAAUUCGACUCAUGUAAACACCUUAAUCACAAUAUUGUCUUAUUCAGAAUAAGGUCAGUAAUUAGAUUACUGCUGUCCAUGUAAACGUAGUCAGUGAUAAUCACAGAAAACAAUUAAUAAGAGUGAAAUCAAGUAAAGCAUUUACAGGACUCCUUUAACACUGUUUGCAAAAGCUAUUUAAAAGUACUCCGAGGUGGCAAUAUCUCUAGUUUAACUACACUGAGAUGUGUAUCGUAUCAUCUGAAAGCGGGAGAUUAACACACCCAGUAGCAGCGUAACGUGUUUACACAGACGUUCCUGCAGUAUGAUUUGGGACGAGUCCAGACGGAGGCGGUUAUAUAAUCACACCUAGAUUUUUGACGAGUCGCAGCCGGACGCGGAAUGGCCGAGAUCCGCUGGAAUUUGAUCGGGUGAAGAAGAAAAAAAAAAACCCCGAACGCUUAGACACGAAUAGAUGGAGAUGCGUUUUAAUCUGUAUCUUGAAACUUCUACCCUUCAAUCACUGUGAAGCCUUGACCGGUGUAGUGGUAUGGCUAUCAGAAAGUAAGGUCGAUUGUUGGGUUAAACAGCAGGCUAAACAUUAUACGCUACAUCUUUUGAAAUGUAACCGUGCUGUUUUUAGAGAAUUUCCAUCCUCUGUGCGUGCGACGAAGAGAGUGAUACGCGCUCGACGAACGCGUUAAAGCUACGCAUAAAGGCCGCAUCAGAGAGCCUGGAAACUCGUGAGUGGAAAUUGUGGUCCAGUAGCUCAUGUUGCUCGCUGGACUAAAAGGAGAGGAGGGGUUUAGGGAAAGCAGGCAGGCAAUGCACAUGCAAGUCAUUCUCCUGGAUCGGCGCAGCUCAUUUCAGAAAUGUCUCUCUAGGAUUAGCGUCGGUAUGCCGUCCAGCCCGAGCGGUAUCGCUUACUCUCGUUACAUUCCUCUCGUCCGCUCCUCAUCACUGGGCUCCUCGAUCAGUUCUGGGGAAGUCGGUUGCGGUAUCGAUCAGAGCCGUGAUCCUACCGGGAAGGUGUCGGUUACGAGGUUUAGGGACGGAUUGAAAAGUGAGAGCGCGGUAGUGAAAUGAGCUGAAGGAGGAAACAUGCAACAGAAACCUCCCAGUGAUAAACACAUCCCCGUUACCCUGUGGGAUGUUUGUGUUCGUGGAGCGAGGGAGGAACACAAUGAGGAACAGAGGUGGGGUUAAAACAGUAGGGGUGGAGAAACGGGAGAAAAAAGGGAAAGAGGUAUUGGCAGGCUUUGUGCAAAUCCCGGCUACGGACUUGUGUGUAAACUGUUCCUCAUUGGCCAGUCAGAUGGCUCCAGCGUGAAGGAAGUAUCACUAGGGAAACUUCUUCUUGCUUUGUAUCAUCUGUGCGUGCGCGCGCACUCGUACGAGCGUGUGUGUUUUCUUCUCGGCUCGUGAUAUUUUUAACCCGGCUUCCUGCACUGACGGACAACGGAUACGACCAGAGAAGCAGCGCCGCUUUAGUAGAAGCAGCUGGAGGCCUAGCGCAGGCUUUUUCAGACUUUUUUUUUUUUCUUUCCCAGGCUCUUGAACAUCCUCAACAAUGUUCUCCUCUUCUCCUCUUCCACAGCUGUAUUGCAGGCCGUUUGCAAAAAUGGGGGACGACAAACCUUUUGUGUGCAACGCUCCUGGCUGUGGGCAGAGGUUUACGAACGAGGAUCACCUCGCUGUCCACAAGCACAAGCAUGAGAUGACGCUGAAGUUCGGACCUGCCCGGACAGACUCCGUCAUCAUCGCAGACCAGACGCCGACUCCCACUCGUUUCCUGAAGAACUGUGAAGAAGUGGGCCUGUUCAACGAGCUAGCCAUGCCCUUUGAGCAGGAGUUCCGUAAAGCCCAGGAAGAUGAUGACAAGAGAGCCAAGAAUCCUCUGCCUGCCCCUGGCUCUUCAGCUCUGGACAUGAGUCUACAGACGCCCUCAGACAUAGUUCGAGUGAAGGAAGAGGAGCCUGUCGAGGUGGAUUCCUCCCCUCCCACUAGUCCAGACUCCAUCUCCAGCAAGUCAGACAGCAACAAGGAGGCCACGGCCAGGGGAAUGGAAUCUCCGUCUAAACCAGCAGUAAGUUCUGCUCCUAUGCCCACCAUCGUCCGUCCGGGCUCUCUUCCGCUUCACCUUGGCUACGACCCCCUGCAUCCCACCAUGCCUUCACCCACCUCGGUCAUCACACAGGCUCCGCCCUCCAGCCGCACCCUUGGGUCUCCAACUGGUCCGUACCCAAUGAUGAUGCUUCCCAACGUGCUCCCAGGCCCAGUGCAAAUGUCUUCUGUAAUAUCCCUGGCUAGGCCCAUGUGUAUGGUGCCCAACAUUCCAGGAAUCCCAGGUCCUCCCCUAGGUGGAAGCAGCAGUGGCUCCUCCUCUCCAUCUGGUUACAACCCCCAUACCGAGGCUAAGAUGCGGCUGAAGGCGGCGUUGUCUCAUCAGACCACAGCGGCCUGUGUCAGCGUGGCGAUGGGCUCCAGUGCCAUGGUGCCACAGAGGAUGGAGCAGAGCCAACUGCUGGUACAGCAGCCUGAUGCCCCAUCCCCUGCACAGCCCCAGGUUUCUCCGGCUCAGCCGACAGGCGGGCGGCGGCGGCGCACGGUGGACGACGAUCCAGACGAGAGGAGACAGCGCUUUCUGGAGCGCAACCGAGCAGCCGCGUCCCGCUGCAGGCAGAAGCGCAAGAUCUGGGUGAACUCUCUGGAGAAGAAAGCAGAGGAGCUGACGUCUAUGAACGUCUCCCUCACGAAUGAGGUGUCUCUGUUACGAAACGAAGUGGCUCAUCUGAAGCAGCUGCUGUUGGCCCAUAAGGACUGUCCUGUCACCACCUUACAGAAGAAGGCUGCCUACCUGGGAGAAGAAUCCAUGAAGGACGUGUGUGAGGCCACGGGUUCUCCAGCUCCGGUGAUCCAGCACAGCUCGGUGGCGCUGAGUCCCUCGGGAUCGUCAGGGCCGAACGGCAUGAGCUCACGGGCAGCUGCCGAGGCCGUAGCCAUGUCCGUGCUGGCCGGCAUGGGCACCCAGCGGGCAGAGAGCGGCCACUCGCACGUCAUCAUGACCACACAGCCUUCAGCCAGAUGAUGAGCCCAGCACUAGGAGGGGAGAGGAGCGAGGGAUGAGGCCAGAUCCUCCCUAUCGUCUUUUUCUCCUCUCCCUGGUCCUCUCUCACGCUGUCGCGCUCUUCUGGCCCGGAGCUGGCCCAGAGAAUUUUUGGGGGUCAAAAACAACUUUGGCGAACGAAAGAGCUUCCUGUUCACUAUGCCAUAGACUAUGGGGGGGCUGGACUCCGAUCCUCAUCCAUAUUCUCAUUAAAAAAUCCUUACUAACUCCACUUUCACGCCAUCAUCCCUGCCCUCCUCAUACUCCUCGCCUUCCAUCCAUCUUCACGCUCCUCAUUCUUCAGCUGAACUGUAGGACAGAACAGUGCUUCCUGAAGGACUUACAUGGUGACGGUGAUCUGAUGCAUAGGUAUUACGUACACGUGUGUCUUAUUUACACGUUCAAAGAGCAAUGUGGAUGGCUGAUCAGUGGCAGUAAUUGAAAAGGAAGUGCUGCCACAGUGUGUGUGUGUGUGUGUGUGUGUGUGUGUGCGCACGUGUGAUAGGGUGGGCAGUAUGGCAAAAAUAUCAUAUCGCGAUACUUGGAAGAUAUUUUUGCGAUACGUGAUGCGUACCAAGGCAUUAAGUACGGUCGAGUACCAACAAAAAGAGUGAAGCCUUUUUUUAAUUUUUUUAAAAAUUUUUUUAUUUAUUUAUUUUUUUUUAUAUAAAAAGUGAUGAAUUCAGGGAUUUUUAAUCCAACAUUUCAAACAGAUCAAAAGCACUGAAUGAGGAAAAGAGGGGAAAUUAUACAAAUUAUCAUCCAAUCAGAUACGCGUUACAACGAGUAAAUUUGUAGUUAUAAAAGCGUCGACAAACUGGUGGGUCCGUGGACAUGGUGGCGUUCGUUCAACUUUCAUUUCAGAAAAGUUUUAGAAAUGAAAUAUUUAUGAAUCCAGAUACAAAGAAAAUAAAUUGCCCACUGCAGUACAUUUCAGCUUGAACACACUUGACCUGGAAGUACAAGUUCCCUUGGUGUGAUGUAACUCGUUUUCAUAAAAGAUAUGAUAUAUAAACGGGAUCAACAGUGCAGUAAUACAUUUUUGCUGAUUUAAAACUUUCUAAAAUUGUAGAACCUGGAAAAUCCGGCUGAUGAAUUUUUUCCCAGCCUCCACAUCGUCCUCCUUCACCGUCACCUCCUUUUUUUUGUUUUAAAAGCACAUAGUCCAGUCAUUUUCACCCCAAAAUGAACCUGAAAUGCUGCAAAACAAGCAAAAGAGAAACACAAAAGCCUUUUUUUUUUUUUGUAAUAUGCAUCACUUUAAAGCUGAAACACUUUUAAACUUUUUUUUUUUAACCUUUUUUUUGCGUACAAAAUGUUUCUUCUUCUUCAGUUUUGAAGAAGUACCCUAAACUGUACCGUGGGGUUUGAAUAUCGCGAUAUUGAUAUUAUAUUCCCAUAUUGGCCAGCCCUAGCGUGUGGUGUGCUGGUGUGCAUGCUCACACUUACUGCCUUUCACAUUUUACUCGCAUGAACGAGGAUAACGAUCGCACCACAACUCGGCAAUAUUAUUAUUAUUAUUUUUUUUUUUAAACGAAAGGAAAAAUUCCUGUGUGUUUUUGUGUUUUAAAAUCUUGUCCCUCGCAUUUUCGCUCGGUUUUCAUUUCAAGGAGACCAAGAGAACGCCUCGGCUGAACUUCACCAAGAUCUGACCUCAUUUCUACCCCUUUAUAAUAUGUUUUAUAUGCAAAGCGUUUAAAAUCAGUGAGAAUAUAGUAUGCUUGUGUGUGUGAGAAUGUGUGUGUGUAUAGGAAUGUACAUCAGAGUAUAACAGUUUAUAAUUCAUGGGACUGAUACACUAAUAUUGGCAAGCUUUAUUUUCAUGCUGUUUUCUAUAUUUUCGGCACAUCCUCCUAAACGCGUUGCUCGAUCACGUCUUUUGGUUUUCCUCGUAGCCUUGUGCCGCCCCUUCAUGCCAUAAACUGGCUCAUGGUUACAUUUCAUUGUUAAUUGAAAUCUCCUUGUUGGGAUUCCUGUGUUGCGUCAGAGCUAAAUAGUGGUGCCAGCAUGUCUGGCGCUGUUUUUUUUUUUUUUUUUUCCUCUUUCUUUUCCUUCCCUCUUCUUCUUGUAAAGUUCUCAGUUAUUAGCUCCACUGUAUGUUCAGGCUGUGUUGGAGCUGAGCCUCGGAAAAAUCCAGCUGCGUACUCAUUUCAUCUCUGAUUAUUUUCUCAUUGUUUUAAACAGAACAAGACCAUUUAGGCCUUUUGAAGGCCUUUUUGUUUAAAAAACCAAAACUGAAUCACUGUCUGAAUCAUUCAGGCGAUUAUGAAGACGUUAAUACGUCUCGUCUCUGUAGAAGGCGUGUGCCGAUGAUCGGUUAGUAUCAUACAUCACGAUAUUUAACACAAUAUUGAUAUGGGAGAAGCUUCAGAGUAUCAUUAAUAUAUCUACAUUUCUUUUCAGAGAGGGCUGACUGAACAGAUUUCGCGUUCGUUUUAUUAAUUAAGCUUAUAAUUA